ACGACGUCUCCUCUGAUUGGUCCGUGGCCCACCCGAGGCGGAAGUGCAUCACGGAAGUCAAGAUGGGUACUAGGGUGAAGGUCCUGAGUGUGUUUAAAUCGCUGCACAGGACAAGAAUGGCUGUAUUCAAAGAUGAUGAGAGAGCACUGACAGCUGCCAAAGUGAAGAUCAACGAGGAGUUCCGUAAGAAUAAAAAUGAAUUAUCAGAAGAAAACAUUGAGAAGAUGAUCAAAAUGGGCUCUGACGUGGAAGUAGUUCUACGGAAGUCUGUACUUCAAAUGGAGCAUGUCGGCGAUCAGAAACUUUUGCUUCGACCAAGAGAGAGUCUUCUGAUGGAAAAUGUCCCCUACAGUGACCAGCCCAGGAAAAAGUCAUAAUGGAGUGACUUAAUAACCCAACAAGGACAGAGACUAAUGUCCACAUUGCAACUCAAAAGACAUGUCCUACCAUCCCCAGCAUUUAAUUAUGAUCUCCAAACCAAGAUCAGGACCUUGUGGAUACUUUUAUAUAUUUGCUGGAGACAUCUGCUGUCCCUAUAUGUGCUGUACAAUUUUAAUCAUGUAUAAAGUUAAACUAUUUGAAAA